AUGCCAGUCUACCAACCAAACUUGAGCAGAAGCAAUUUGCCCCAGGGGAUCAACAGUAACAAUAACUAUAAUAACUCUGAAAACAACAACAACAGUCGCCCAUUCGUUACAACUGAUGCUACAGGAAGAACAGUCACUAUAAAUGUUGCUCAAGAUCACUUGGUGCCCAACACAACGAGCCAACAACAACAGCAACAACAACAAGGAAAUGUAUCUGACUAUUCGUUUGAUGACGAUGAUGAAGAUGAAGAUGAAGAUAGUGUUGAUGAUUUCAGAUUAAGAUAUUUGAAUCUAAGAGGAGAUACUGAUGAUGCUGGUGCUAAUACCUACAACUAUAGCUAUAAUAGCUCGGAAAAUAGCAGAAGACUUAACAGACCAUAUUUGAACCCAAAUAAUAAUUUCAUCAACUCUGGAUCAAGCUCUUCAAGAAGAACAAACAACAACAACAACAACAACAACAUGAGCAGCAAUGACCGCUUUCGUCAAGCUAUGUUGACACCACUUCCGCCACCUCCUCCUCCGCAAAGACGAGGUACUUUCAAUUCUGAAAUACCCAAUUCAGCUUCAUCAACUCUAAGUGUGAAUAGGGAUACGGGGAAUGUUUCAUUAUCAACAUAUACAAAUAAUUCAAUAAACCUGAACAAUUCUAUAUUAAGGAGAGUCAUGCAUCCAAAUAAUAGGUUCAACAAUCAUCAACAAUUUUCAGAUUUAAUGGAGAAUAACAACAAUGAAAGUCAUAUACGACAAGAAGAUUUCCUCAACAAUACACAUAACAAUACCAAUAACGGCGGGAAUGCAGCCACGUUUUCAUUGUUGAGUGAUAUUAAUAGAUACUCUACUCAGUCAUUUUAUAAUGAUUUAAAUUCACAAGGACAUGAUCCACAAGAAGAGCCAUCAAAUCAACAACAAGAACUGCCAAUGAAUUAUUUAUUCAACCAUCAAGAGCAUUCUUUCAAUAUAAAUAGAGCCUCCCAAAAUAUUAAUUUAGAUCUGAAUGAAUUUUUAGCUAAAAGACGUGAAGUUGGGGACUAUUAUAACAAACAUUUGAAAUUUAAAGCUGAGAAUCCAAAGAAAAGAGAUGCUAGCCAACUAAGUGAAGGUUCAGUCACAACUCAUUAUGAAGGAUUCCAUUUUAAUAUGAUUAGGGUUAAAUCUUGUUCAUUUUUGAAACCAGGUUUAAGUUUUAUGGUUAAAAAUCUAAAGUCAGAUCAAAUUCCUUUCACAAUUGCGUUCAUCUCUGUUGAUUAUCAAAAAAAUUUAGUUAGGGGAUCGUUGAAUUUUGAACAUUUAUAUUUGAUGAAACAUUGGCUAAGUGAAAAUGCACCGGAUAAUGCAUUUAUAAACAUUUCAAGUAAUAAUACUGUUCAAUUUUCCGGUGAAUUGAUUGAUUUUGAAAAUACAGAUUUACGUUAUAAUUCAUAUUCUUUAGAAAGCUUCAAUAAUUCAAUUGCAGAUGAUAUACAAAAUCAUUCCAAAAAUUUCAGAUUAAUUUAUAAUAAUUGCAUCACAAGAAAGCAAUUGUCAAGAUGGAAAAAAUUGAAACCAUUUCAAAAUUUAAAUGUUAAAGAUAUGAUCCCAUUAAUUACUUGCAAUGAAUGCUUAUCAAAAUUACAAGAAAAUUUUCUACUAAUGAAGAUAUAUAUUGACUGUCAUAAUUCUGAUAAUGAUGACCAAUUGUUUAAUGAAGUUGAACCAACUAUUUUGAUUUGUGUUGAUAGAAGAACAGGAGAAUUGGAGUUGAUAUCAGCUGAAGGAAAAGCAAAAACAAUAGCUGAACAAUAUGCAAGCAAUCUAAAUAAUGAGAUCAAUGAUCAAAAGGUGAAUAAUUCAGAGGACACCGUGACUUUAAUGUCAAUGAAGUGUAAAAAAUAUGUUUCACCAAGCUUGCAAUUUUGUUAA